GCUGUGUCAGUGUGUAGCUGGAGCUGUGGGAAUGUGUGUUUGUUUACUAGGGUGACGUGGAGUGUGAGUGUAUGAGUGAGUCUCUAGCCAGAUUUAGAGCAACACGAAUGUGUAUUUAGCGAAAACAGGGAAGGCAUGACAGAGCAUGAGAUUGAGUGUAUGAGUGAGUUUUUCCAGUAGUGUGUGUAUGCUAAACUGUUUGUGACUGUGUGUGAGUUUCAGGACCAGGGGGUGUGUGACUUUCAGGACCAGGGGGGUGUGAGCUUUUGAAGAGGGACUAUCCAGAUGUUGCCUUUUGGGACACCUCCUUCACCUGGACUCUAGACCCCAUGUAGGGGGGGUGAGGAUUACCCCGGAUUCCUUCACCAUGGGGAACAGCGUCCACAAGAACAAGAAGAGGGUCCCUGAAGCCCGCAACGGACCCUCUUCACACCUCAACCCUGACCCCCGCUCAGGCUCUAAACUUGGCCCUAACCCCAGCCCCCGCUCAGGCUCUAAACUUGGCCCUGACCCCAGCCCCCGCUCAGGGAAUACCAAAUCCUUCUGGCACUUUGGGCGGGUGGAUAAACUCAAAACAGCUGGUCCUAAGUGUCUGGAUGAACAGAAGGAGUUGACAGUUCACUACACAGCCUCCACACACUACCAGGAGAAUGUGUUCAUCGAGGGCAGUCGCCCUCAGUACCUAGAGGACCUGCACACUGAGGCACGAGAGGGGUUAAAGAUACUGCAACAAGAAGAACACAACAAAGGAGUGGACUUUCAGGAUGACCAUAGUGACGCAGAUGUCAGCCCCAACCACAGGGAUGGAUCUCAGGAGUCAGGAAGUAGCGCCGGGAAUCCUGUUACCGCAGUGACCUCUGCUGGAUUGGCUGUGUCCACGAGACCUGUGCUCACACGCCAAGGCUCCACAUUCAAGCCUCUGAACCCAGUGAAGAGACUGGACAAGAGGAAGAACAGGAGGACUACUAUCAUGGGCAUACCCCAGCAGGUCCAGAGAGAGCUGGCCCUUCACAGUGGCUCCGAGUACAAAGUUCAUUCCCAGCUCCCUAACGGCUCUGUCGGACAGGGUAGAGACGGCCAAUCAGGUGUGGUCGUCAUCCCCACCAUCGACGGAGAGACCCCUCUAGCCAACUACGAAGGGGCAAGAGUACACCUCUCAGACCUGGAGGCAUCCAGAGAGGAGCUGUUGAGACACCACCUCCAGUCUGUUUACAGGGACGACCAGGGCUUCAGCCACCACAGGGGACUGGACUCUCGUCUCUCCUCCACCCAGAGGCCCAAGUCUCUGGCCGUGCCGGGCACGACCUCCUCCGGCUCCUCUGGAUUCCCCAGCUUCCUCCAGGAGCCACAGGGUCCGGUGAUGUCCAUCUCUCCCCAAGCCACUUACAUGUCUAAGAUUAUCCCCAACGCCUACCUGCCGGCCUCUGUCGACGUCAUACAGAUUGACCGCAGCACCAGCCGUACCCGUGGAAACAAAGGUAACGGAACGGCCCGUACCGUCAGCAAGAGCUGCCUGGCGUCCGGGUCGUCGGAGAGCCCUGCGUCGUCGAGGAGGUUGGGCGGUGAAGGUUGCUAUGAAGGCGGUGACAGCGUUUCACAUGGUGACAGUAGUUCCUGUGACAAUGGCUCUAAGGUGACCCCACACUCAGUGACUUCAAGAUCCAGCUGGAGCCACUCGCAGUCUUCCGAAACGAUCAAGUCCAACUCCUCCGCCAUCUCCUCCACGAAGGGGAGCUUCGGACUUGCUAACCCACAGACUGUGAGCCUCGUUGGGCAGGAGACACAGCCGCAGCAGCCUGGUGCUGGGGACCAGGACAAGGUGAGCCUACAAAGCUCCGUUAGCUGGGUCAGCAGCACUAGUAGGGGUACUGGUACUGCGACCGCUCAGGGGGUCCUAUCUGGAUCUGGGGGGAUGAGCGAUGUUGGAGGAGACUCUUUCAGAUUCUCUCGCUGUCUGUCGAUCAUGAAGACCAAGUUGCCCCCGGCUCCCCCCAGGAGAACCAACUCACUGCACCAUGAGAAGAUGAUAAAGAGGCGACUGGUGGAGAUUACAGACCUCAGUGACUCUGCGGGUGGGAAGUUGGAGGCUGCUGAGGACACAAGCUUAGUUACGAUCGAGAUCUCUAAAGAGCUCUACAAAGAAAUCACAAAGAGCUCUGUCCCUGUAUCCAAAUCAUCUGGGUUUAACUCUUUAGAUGAUACAAGAUCUUCCGCAGCAUCUAGUCCUCUGAGUCCCACACAGGCCUCCCAUGGAGGUAGUGGAAAAUCAGAGGGGCUAGUGUCCAGCAGCUCUUCCCCCCAGAAAGCCCCAUCAGAGGAGGGUACAUUUGAAAGGACCAUGUCCCCCUCCAGUGGGUACUCCAGCCAGAGUGGUACACCGACACUUUCCCCCAAGGGGAUCCUCCCUUCCGUCUCCCCAGGUAAACAGAAGAAGUAUCCUGUCAAACCGGAACGAUCUGGUUCAAGAGCUUCCUUCUCUGCAGCCUCAGUCUCCUCUUCCCUCACCUCCCUGUCUUCACUCACCUCAGAACUCGUCAAUCGAGAGGCCUCGAAAAACAGUUUUAACCCUCUUCAGCAGGCCUCCCUACCCCCGGCUGUUAUGAGAAUAGAAGAUCCAGAAACGGUGACCCCGGUCCGUUUCUCUUCAUCCAUGGCGAUCAGUGAGCUGCUUAACAUUCCGCCACCCCCCAAAAUCAAAGCCCCUUCCCCGCCACCCCCGGAGACCUGGGCCCACAACAGACACACCUUCGAACUGCUGUGUGGGCCUUGCCCCAACGUCAACAGGCUAGCACAGCUCCAGGAGCAACAGGAACUAAAAGAGCAAGCUGCCAUGAUUGAGCAAAAGCAGGAACCUCAAACUAAAGCUAGCAAGGAGUCUGAAGGCUCGAACAAAAAGCAGGCUACGGUAGAAGAAGUUACUUUGACAAAAUCAGAAAGCAAAUACAUUGUUCCCCGAGACAAGACCGAGCCUAUGUUAGAGCAGGCACCUGAGGUAUCGGAGAGCACAGAAAGUCAAACGAAAGAACAAGGAAGCCUGGCGGUGAUCGCAGAGAAGGUAAAAGCAAGUGUAGAGAUCCAGGACCAGAAGCAGGAACAGAGUAGUAGUAGCAGUAGUAGUGUUGCACAGGUCAAGGAUCAAGAAGAGAUGCUAGAGACACAAGUUAGUUUAACAAUGAUUCCAAAGAAGGAACCCCCUCCUGUCAUGAAGAAAAGUACUCAUAGAAAAGAAGCUAAAGUUCAAUUAACAGCAGACAUACAACAAAAGUCGCCAUUUGAUGAGGUCACAGUAGAGGUGAAGGUAGAGUCCCCCAGCAAGAGUGAGAAGUGUUCUCCACAGGCUGAGGUAGUCGCUAAGGAAGUUGAGGUUGAGGUAGCAGCUAAGGAGGUCGAAGGUUGGAGUGCUACUGAAAACACUACAGAGGAAAGUCCCACCAAAUCUACACAGACCCUUGCCGUGGAGCCUCCCAAAGUGGACCGGGUCUCUCCUCCAGCCUCCCCUCCCCCUUCCCACCACCCUCCUCCACCUCCUUCUAAGACACCUCCCUACUCUGUGGCCCCUCCCCCACCUGAGGUAGAGGAGGAGUGUGAGGAAGAGAUUCCCAUAAUACAGUCCUGCUGGCCCCCUCCACCCCCACCAGAGGAGCCAGCAGAUUCAGUCUUUGAUGAGAUGACCUUUCCACCUCCUCCCCCUCCCUUCAUGACGGAGAGCUUGCCAGAUGUGGUAGGGACAUGUAACACAGUCGCUGAUGUCCAGGAGGCGUCCAUUAUAGCUCUGGAUGGGGAGGAGGUUAAGGAAACCGUGAAUGUUUUCACUGUCGCAACUGUGAAUGGGGAAACUACAGAUCUUUCACCCAUUUCCACUCAAAUGGAGACAAAAGAGGAUAAACCUGAAAGGGUGAUUCUGAACUCUAAUGCUCUAAUCCCAACUGAUGAAACCAGCUUUGAGGAAUCUGAAUCAGCUGAGCUCCAAUUAAUUCCUUCAGAUGAUUCAGCUGUCGUUUCUCCAGUUCAGCCCAAUGAAAAAGAGGCAGAGGUCAAGCAAUCUGCCCAGAAACCAAUCACAAUGCAAGACACCCCACAACCAACAGAAACUUCUCCUGAGUCACAGGAAGUCCCGCCGUUACCAGAGGAUGUCCCUCCCUCACACCAGGAAGCUCCUCCUCCUCCUCCACCAAUGACAACAGACUUGGUGCCCCCAUCAAGUAUUCCUCCUCCACCUCCUAUCAAUGUCCCCCUCCCUCCCCGUGUACAAUUUGAGGAUCAGAUGCCCUCUGAGCUCCCUAACAGUGCCCCACGUCCACCACCCAUUAACAUCCCUUUCCCACCCCCUCUCCCAACUGAGAACCAACCCCCUGUGAUCUUCAGGAGACAGCCCAGCUUGGCGAACAGAGAGACCAGGAGCAAAGAGCUUCUGUCUAGGCACAAGAGUGUCCCUAUUCCCAAAGAAGAUGCCAACAUUCCACUGGUCACACCCUCUCUGCUUCAAAUGGUACGUCUCAGAUCGGUCAACGUUGGCGAAGACUACGUUAAAGGGCUUUCUGACGACAACAAUUCCAACAGUGGGAAACCACCUGCUCAGGAUCAGAGUUCAACCCAAAUCCAAACCCAAGGAUCUCAGAACAUAACACCCCAAAAACCAAUUCGGAGAUCCCUGUCACUAAAAUCCACACCUCGGCCACUGAAGUCGUCACCGGUGACGCUCAUCGCCCCCUCGAUGAGUAUGCAGGAAGCUAUCCGAAUGAAGACAGCAGCCAUGUCUUCCAGAGAUAAUCUUCCAACACGCUUUAGAAUGCCAUCCUCCACCUCAAUUCCCAGUUGCAGUGGGGGUAAAUCAGGAAUGUUAUCCCCAUUGUUACCAGAAGGGGGUGAGAUGCUAAAGACCCCCACCACCACCGCUAGCUUCAUCUUCUCCAGGAGCUCAAAGAAGGUUGUCAUAGAAACGCCUGCCUCCUCCUCCUCCCCCGAGGUACAGGCGAGCCUAAAGCAGAGCCUAGCCGCGGAACUCAAGCGCUUUUCCGAACAAUCUAUGGCUUCCACAGUCGCUAAUGGCAACGUUGGAAGAACUGGGAUUCCGAGGAGAAUUCCGCCACCCGUGGCUAAGAAACCAGCUCACACCUUGGAGAAGCCUGUGUGUUCUACACUGAGGAGCACUCCGUCUCCAAGGGGAACAGAAGCUAACGGAGAGACAGAAACAGCGCAACCUGCGGGCCAGCAAGCACUGACAGAGGAGAGCAAGUGAAAUGGAGACGUCUAACAUUGUGGAAGCACCAUUGCGCUUUUGAAAAAGACUGGAUUCUUGUGGAAUGGGACUAAGACGGAUGAACAAAUCAAGGACUGCAAGAACCUGAGAAACAUGGGAGAGAGAGAGAGAGAGAGAGGGGGGGGGAGAGA